AAUAAGUGAUAUUUGUGCGAGAAGAAAAAUGGCAUUGCGUGUACAGUUUGAAAACAAUGAUGACAUCGGUGUCUUCACAAAAUUAACAAAUUCAUAUUGCCUGGUGGCUAUCGGUGGUGCUGAGACAUUUUACAGUGUGUUUGAAGCCGAAUUAGCCGAAACAAUACCAGUUAUUCACACAAGCAUUAAUGGUUGUCGAAUCAUCGGACGAUUAACGGUCGGCAACAAGAAUGGUUUGCUUGUACCAAGCGGCACCAGUGACGUCGAAUUGCAACACAUACGAAAUAGCUUGCCAGACAAUGUAAAGAUACAGCGCGUUGAAGAACGGCUAUCUGCUCUUGGGAAUGUUAUUGCUUGCAAUGACUACGUCGCAUUGGUUCAUCCAGACUUAGAUAAGGAAACAGAAGAAAUCAUCGGAGAUGUAUUGAAUGUGGAAGUUUUCCGUCAAACUGUAGCUAAUAACGUUUUAGUUGGUUCAUACACAGUGCUCAGCAAUCAAGGUGGCCUCGUUCAUCCAAAAACUUCAAUAGAAGAUCAAGACGAAUUGUCGUCAUUGCUUCAAGUUCCGCUUGUUGCGGGUACAGUGAACCGUGGUAGCGAAGUGCUUGGAGCCGGUUGCGUUGUCAACGACUGGAGUGCAUUUGUUGGAAUGAGCUCAACAUCCACAGAAAUUUCCGUAAUCGAAAGUGUAUUCAAACUCAAUGAUGCACAUCCGACGAGCGUGUCGAGCUCAUUGCGAGCAUCGCUUAUUGAAGCGAUGUCAUAAACAAAUUACGAGUUUACACGAAUUGGUUCAAAAAUCCGGUCAAUUUCUUCUAUUUUACAAAUAUCGAACAUCGAGGAAUGUUCAAUGGGAAAUUCAACUAUUUUAUAUGCACACAUUUGAAAAAUAUACAAGAGAUUGUUUUCAAAUCGUUAUUGUUUAACAGAAAAAAAAAUAUCUAAUUACAAAAGAAUGUGUAAACAAACAUGCAA